AACGUGAUAAAACAGCGACUCAGGCUUUGAAGCCUUUAGUGUUGUUGCUUGCUGCAAACUAUUUACUUAGGUUUAUAUAGCAGUGACAAUCGAGGUUAUGAGUAUUUAUGAGUAUUAACAUGAAUCACAUGCUGUGUAAGUAGACAUUUAGUAUUUUAAAAUUUAUAAUUCGCUAUUUUAGUGAGUUAGCAUGUUGAGCUAGCACCAGAGGCGUUUGGGAACUUUACAGACAUAUGCCAACUAUAUUCUCGCUCGACACUGAGCUAAUGUACAGGUUUUCCAUUGUUCUUCCGAGCAAUGGAAAUGUUCUGUAGCUGGGAAUAAUCGAUUAUGUGUCCAACAUGAGCGCAUCAACUGAUAGGGAGUCUUUGACCCCCUCAGCGGUGGAAGACGCGAGUGCAUCUAACUGUGCCGAAGAGCUCAGCGGUCCUGAACAAGCAGUCUGUUCAGGCAGCAAUGAGAUAAAGAGCUGUGCCGUGGUCAAGUACUCUGCUGCCCCACCACCUACCAGUUAUGCAUUGCUGCAGGAGAAGACUGACCUCAAACUGCCACCAGCAAACUGGCUGAGAGAAAAUGCCAAACUUGGGACCGCUGGUACCACAGUACUUGGUUCCAGUAGCAAGAACAAACCUUUUUCAAGUUUUGGGAUGGCCUAUGACUUUAUAGAUUGCAUCGGGGAUGAUGUUGACGUUGUAUCAGACUCAGAGAACAUCAAGAAGCUCUUAAAAAUUCCCUACAGCAAAUCACACGUCAGUAUGGCCGUUCACCGUGUGGGGAGAACACUGCUUUUGGAUGAGCUGGAUAUUCAAGAGCUCUUUAGGAGAUCAUCUCAGACAGGUGACUGGAUGUGGCUAAAAGAUUUUUACCAGCGGCUGGUUGACCAGAAAUGGGAGCGCAAAAAGAAAAGUAAAGAAAACUGGAAUCAGAAAGCAAUACUGUCCAAGUUCCUUUACUACAGCAUAAAUGGCAACGGCACUGAAGAGUCUAUACCGGACGACCUGACUGAAGGGGAAGAGGACAAAGGAACAGAAAAAUUGAGCCCUUCAUGGCCUACUGCCUUCACCAGUCCGUCAUCUGAUGCAGAAGAAUCACCUGCUCCCAAACAAGACAGCGUUCCUGUGGACAGUCAGUUUGCUGUGGGCCAGGUCGCAUCUGUGCCUAAAGAGCAACAUCUCCCCACCAUCUUCAAUGAAGGUGAAAACAGCCAGGGAUUAAAAAAUGACUUUGUCAGAAACAUCAUGUGGACCUUUGAGGAUAUCCACAUGUUGGUCGGGUCCAACAUGCCUAUUUUCGGAGGCGGUCGCUAUCCUGCCGUCAGUCUGCGACUCAGGGACAACAAUAAACCAAUCAGCAUUCUGACAGGUAUCGACUACUGGCUCGACAAUCUUAUGUGCAAUGUUCCAGAGCUGGUCAUGUGCUUUCACGUCAAUGGCAUUGUUCAGAAAUAUGAGAUGAUCAAAACGGAGGACAUCCCUCAUCUGGAAAACUCUACUUUCUCUGCCAGGGUUGUGAAAGAUAUUGCCCAAAAUAUCCUUUCCUUCCUCAAGUCCAACUGCACCAAAGAGGGGCACACCUACUGGCUUUUCAAAGCCAGUGGCAGUGAUAUCGUGAAGCUUUAUGAUCUUACAACUCUGUGUGAGGAGGCUGAAGAGGAGAAAUGUCAGAAUCCCUUCACUCUUCCUGUGGCUGUUUUACUGUACAAAGUUGCAAGCAACCUGAUGUUGAAGUCCAGACAAAACAGGAAGCACUACGGCACAGUCAGAACUCUGCUCUUAAACUGUGUGAAGCUUCUGGAUCAGGAGAGACAUCCUCAGAUCAUCGCCUCCGCUUAUUACAUGCUUUCGGAGCUGUUCCAACUCGACGAGCCUCCUGAGGAUGACGGAGAGGAGUCACUGCAGGCCGGUGGCUCAGAGGACAGCUACAGCGAUGAAGACGGCGAGGAGCAGAAUGAGCUGACCGACGACAGCGAUGAGAACGAGCCAAACACCUGCACGAACCCGCAGGACGACAGUAAAGCUGUGGCUGUGAUCCGGUCUGUAGGGGAGCUGUCUGUCCCUGAGAAAUAUAAAUCCACUUACCAGAUCAGAUCGAGUUGUGCUUUGCCUGUUUCUCAAGACAAGGAGGAGCGAUGCAGACAUAUUUUGAGCUACGUGCUGAAGGGUUUGAAGGCUGUGGACGGCAGCAUUAAGAAGGAGAGUGAUCUCCCAGCCGCGGAUCCAAACACACCCAUUCCACUCAAAUAUGAGGACAGAAGUGGAGCUGGAGCCUGUGCCGCUGAGUCGGGCAUCUCCCUCUUGAUAGAGAAAGCGCGGCCCCUGCAGGAGGACCAGAAGCACCCAACACGCUCAGGGAUGAUCCCCGGCUCUUGGCAACACCAUAUCAAGCUACAGCUCUUCCUUAAGGCCUCCAAGGCUUAUUACGUCCUGUCCGACGCAGCCAAUAACCUGCUGAAGUACGGACGAGCCUUACGCUACAUCAAACUGUCCCUGCAGUCUUACGAUGCCUACAGUUCCGUGAGCAGCACUCUGCACCCUCACGUUCUGCUCUUUCACAGCCAGUGUUUAUCGCUGUGUGGGGACAUCCAGCUGCUGUUGGCCCAGAAUGCCAAAAACAGAGCUGCGUAUCUGGAAGAAUACAGUUACCAAACCAAAGAGGACCAGGAGAUCCUGCAUAGUCUGCACCGAGAGAGCAGCUGCCAGGCCUUCAACAUGGCCACCGACCUGUCCAUGGAUCCAGAAUACCAGCUGUUUGUCAGCAGUAAGUGUUACGAAGCAACAUAUGAGCUGCUCGUCUCCGACGCUUUGAAGCAUCAAGCCUCAGAUCAUUUGCCUCAGUUGCUCAAAAGGCUGGGAAACAUUCGCAAUGAGAUGGGAGUGUUCUACAUGAACCAGGCCGCCACCAUGCAGACCGAGAAAGAAGCGAAGAGGUCUGUGUCUGUGGCAGAGCAGGAGGUGUGGAAAAAGAGUUUUGACUUCUUUGAGAAAGGCAUGAAGGACUUUGAAGCUAUUGGGGACAGCACCAACAUCGCCUUACUGCUGUGUAAUACCGGCAGACUGAUGAGAAUCUGUGCUCACGCUCAGUGUGUCCACCAGACCAGAGGCGAGUUCUCACCCGAGGAGGCCCUCUACUACAAUAAGGCUACAGAUUAUUACCUGCGAGCGAUGCAGUCGCUGGUGCGCAGAGAGAACCACCCGGCAGUGUGGGACAGUGUAAACUGGGAACUUUCCACCACCUACUUCACCUUGGCUACACUUCUGCAGGACUACGCCCCCUUAUCCAGGAAGGCCCAGGAGCAGAUUGAGCGAGAGGUAACCGACGCCAUGAUGAAAUCGCUGAAGUACUGUGACCUGCUCACAGAGUCGCCUCGGCAGCCGCUCUAUCAGUACAGAGCCGCGACCAUCCACCAUCGCCUGGCCUCUAUGUACCACAGCUGCUUCCGUAACCAGGUGGGGGAUGAACACUUGAGGAAGCAGCAUCGAAGCCUGUCGGAGCAGCACUACAGCAAAGCUGUUGGCUUGUUCCUCAGCCUCAAAGACGCGCCCUGCGAGCUGCUCCGCACUCUGCUGGAGUGGGUGGCGUUUUCUGAGUUUACGAUGGCAGGUCAGAGCAGCAGUGCAGCUAAGCUAAAAAGCCUGACUGGAGCCUUGGAGAUUAUGACUGAGACACGCUACGCCUUCCAACUUCUUCACCAAGAGCUGCUAGAGGAACCGUUAGAGCUGACUGAACCUGAUCCAGAGGAACCAGCAGCGUCGUCUGACGUCGACUCUGCUCAGAUCUCAGGCCUCAACCUCCAGGAAGUCAAGAAGUUAAUCGGUGUGUUUGAGCCGAGCUUCUCCUUCCUGUUGCUACAGCUGAUCAAAAUGAUGACAACAGUCAAACGGAAACCAACCAGUAAGGAUGAAGAGCUGCUCCAAACCUACAAGAAUGUGUACUCAAAGCUGCUGCGCGCUGAGAAAAAUGCGCCACUCCUCAAUCGUAUCACACUGUACAUGGAGCUGCUGCAGCAGCUGACCCCUCAAACAGGUGAAGAAGUGCAAAUUCAUGAUGACCUAAGAACAGCAGAAAAGACUACGACAGCCCCCCGCCAUACGUCUACAGAUCAAUGAUUUACAAGCAUCUACAUUCAGGAGCACAGCCUCCGGCAGCGCUGUGACAGUGUUGGCUCACUAUUUGUUUUUGUCAUUUACUUAACACAAAUUAUGACGUGUACAUAUUUGUAGAGAUAUUUGUAAAUUCUGAAGAAAGGACGUUUUGCUGAAAUAACAUUGAAUCAUCCAGCCCAGAUGGUCAAUGUCUAAUUUUAAUAAUCAAGCUGUGAAUAAAGGAUGAAGUGAGGCCGAUUAGCUCACAGAUCAGUGUUCCCGACAGCCGCCUGCAAUAGUUUGGUAACAGACAAUCCAAACUCUGCUUAUCCACAUUUGUGCACUUUCUACAUGAAUGUAAGUUUCUGACAGUGUGGUUUGACAAAAAUAAAAUGUUUGGAGUUAUUCCCUGUGCCAAACAA